AUGUCGACUGAGCGCUCUCUAGCUGCUCUUCUGCGGUCUCUACAGACCAUUUCAGAUUUACAAGAUGCUUUUGGUUUACUUCCAACGGCGGCCAGUUUUCUAUCCCUCCUCACAAAUCCCCUUAAUGUCAGUUUACUUGCGUCGCAGCUACUCAUAGCUCCGGCGAUAUGGGACCACCGUGUGGAUUUGCAAGUCUGCCGAAGGGUGCUCGGUGUCUUCAACACGGCAGCGAUGACGGUUAUGCGAAAUGAUGAAGUGGAUGAGCCUAAGCCGAAGGCACCAUAUGGGAGACCAAAGGGGAUUGAACGCGAUGCAUGGGUCAAGGCAGUUGUAAACGGGGCCGACGAGAAGUCGCCUCGGUGGAGACAUAUGUUGUUGAUUGGAGGAGUUUUGAUCGGGUUCGAGGGACAGAACAGACAAGGGCUGCCGUUGCGUAUCCGGAACAAGCUCGAGUCGGCUUUGGUUAAGGCUACCCAGCUGGCUUUGGAUGAUCUGAGCAGCGUGGACGGUAUUGAUGCUCAUUGCAUCACCAUGAUCCUGAACUACACCUUUGAUCUUUUUCCGGAUUCGGAAAAGAGCAAAUUGGACUAUGAUAGGUUGCUGCCGGUGAUAGUUCGGACUACCUUCUUCUCCCGUGAAGGCUUAGAAGGAGGUUACUUUCUCGGCGCCAUUGACGAGGAUAUCAUUGAGUACCCUGGGAGACGAUUCGGAUGGCCACCUCAAUCUGCGAGCUACGAUCGAAUAGUGGCAAUAUCAUCCAGCCCUCUUGUGUCCUCACUAGGGCCUUUGUCGCGACUGACCGCUCAUGCUAUUGAUAAGGCCCAGGAUCCGGUGCUUGUCUCCCAAUCAAUGGAUAUUCUUGCGGAUUUUGCUCGUACGAUGACAGUACAGUGGCGCCAGAACAAAUUAUCGGAAGUUGAUGUGUCGGAAGAAAAGGAGUUACUCGACCCAGAAUCCCUGAAGAAGACCAUCCCGGCUCUGUGGAAAGUUCUCCGUAAUUCCUUUUAUUCCGUCGUCAUUGUUCUGCGAGCGGUUCUGGGGAGAGUCAUCAAUGACCCUGUGCUUGCAGCGGACCGACGAGCUCCUUUCUUGUCUAUGAAAGCUAUUCAUAUACUGCGCAAUUUGUACUUCGUUUCGUCUCGGAUUGGCCCCAAUUCUUCUUCUCAGUAUACAUUCGCUUUGCUUGCGGCUAUUGAUAUCCUUACCCAAUAUCCCGAUCUGGUGGAGAGUUUUUUGAAAAGUAUCAAGCCAGCGGAACUCGGACAGAUCCCUAAGCAUCCGCUUGAAAGAUGCCUGGAUCUGUUUUACCUAAAUACCGCAGAGCAUUUCAGCCUCGUGCUCUCGCCGGAGUCAAACGAGGAACUACUCAUCUCGGCUGCGACCCCUUAUCUCUCAUCUGGAGCCAGUCGCAAUCUCCUCGAGAUAUUCGAGGCCGCCCACAGCGUUGUUUUGGCUGUAUUCGCUGUUCCCGCCAAUGCGAAGAUAACAGCCAAGUAUCUCCCAUUCUAUGUCGAUACUCUCUUCACUGUCUUUCCCGAAAAUCUGUCUGCGCGCCAAUUCCGCCUAGCGUUCAAGACAGUCCUUCAAGUUACGGCCCCGCCGUCACCUUUGGCAAACAGUCAGCCUCUUCUGCCUUCGAUCCUACUCCAAGUCCUCUACGACCGUGCUAUGAAUGCACCUACAACCCCCCUACCAUCCAACCCCCAAGAUUCAACGGAUGCUAGUAACCCUUCCCCUCCUCUCUCAGAACAAGCCGUUCUGACUCUCGCCUUGAUCGAUUCACUCCAUUUUCUCCGGGUCAGCGAUCUCGAAGAAUGGCUCCCCAUGACAGCGCGCCUGGUAAACAUGAUCCACGACGCCAAGAUGCGAGGUAUCUGCACAGACCGCUUCUGGGAAGCGUUGAGCAGCGGGGAGAUGGAUGUCGAGCAAGCGCAUUAUUGCGUUACAUGGUGGAGCACUAAAGGGGGACGCGAGAUGGUUCUCUUUGGAUACGACCAGGGGGUUGUAGCGGAGUUUGGGAAUCGGGACGGGCCGUACAUGAGUGGUGCCAUUGGGGGUGUUGCGAGGGAGAAUAAACUUUGA